AUGAUGUCCAAACAACCCUUUUCAGUUUCACCUCAUUCCAACAACACCAUGAGAGCUUCCUCAUCAAACCAUCAUCAAACCCCAAACCAAAACCCUAAUCCAAUCUCAAAUCCACCUAAGAAAAAAAGAAACCUACCUGGAACACCAGAUCCAGAUUCAGAAGUGAUAGCUAUGUCACCAAAAUCCUUGAUGGCAACGAACCGUUUCUUAUGUGAAAUCUGCAACAAGGGAUUCCAAAGAGACCAGAAUUUGCAGCUUCAUCGACGCGGACAUAAUUUGCCAUGGAAGCUGAAGCAAAGAGCUAACAGAGAUCAAGUUCGGAAGAAGGUUUAUGUGUGUCCUGAGAAGAGCUGUGUGCACCAUGAGCCUUCUAGAGCUUUAGGAGAUUUGACAGGAAUAAAGAAACAUUAUAGUAGAAAACAUGGUGAGAAGAAGUGGAAGUGUGAAAAGUGUAACAAGAAAUAUGCAGUGCAAUCUGAUUGGAAAGCUCAUAGCAAAAUUUGUGGAACCAGAGAAUACAAAUGUGAUUGCGGCACAAUUUUCUCCAGGAGGGACAGCUUCAUAACACACAGAGCUUUUUGUGAAGUAUUGACUGAACAAAGUGCAAAGAUAUCAAUACCAACAGUUCCAAGAAAUUUUCAUAAUGAUCAUUUCACAAGUAUUACUCAAACUCCAAGGAUCCCUCAAAUUUUUCCUGGCUUUCAGUUUCACUCAGAGUUUGUUGGGUCAGGAACAUCAUCAUCACUAUGGCCAGCACUGGAGCAAACAAAUUAUCAUCAGCAACUUCAUCCUAAUUCUUCUGAUGUAAUACAACAAACAAUGAAUAUGUUUGGAUCGCAGACACAGACGCAUACACAGACACAGUGGUUGAAUUAUAAUGGUAAUAAUAAUAAUAAUAAUCUAUCUUUGCCGAUGUUACAUGGAGUAAUGAAGCAAGAGGAAGAAGAAAACAAAGAUUUGUCUCAUAGUGUAAUAAGCUCAUUGUACUUGAGUGGUAAUCAGAAUCAAGAAAGAGGAUCAGAUCACAUGUCAGCAGCAGCAACAACAACGUCAUUGUUGGAGACAGAAUCUCAAAUGGGAUCUGCAAGGACAGUUAUUACUAAUGUUAACAACAACAACAACAACAACACACUCUUCAACAAUGUGAACCACUUUAGCAUUGUUGACAAAUUCUACAAACAAGGUCAUCAUCAUGAAAGUGAAGACUUGAAUGAGUUGGUGAAUUUGGAAGGAAGUAGCAGAACCAAUUUUGGAGGUGAUCAGUAUGCAUUACAUGACUCAUUUGGGACUGUCAAGAAUUUGGACCAUGUGGUGAUGUUGGUAGAUAGAGAGACAAGAACAACAACAACAACAACAAAUGGAUAUUUACAUGAUUCAAGUUUAAUGUCAAAGGACAAAAGCCAAAUGGGUUUUACAAGAGACUUUCUUGGGGUUGGAGAUGAUGAUGAGUCAAUGAAUAGAUCAACUUUUUUGCAGCAAGAGCUUGAUGACUUUCAUGGAAUGGGAUCAUUAGGCAAUAAUCUGCAGAGCCAGUAUCGUGGUGGUGGAGACUAUUGCUAA